AUGAACUUUCCCGAGACCCAGAUAGCGUUGGGUGGUUCUAAAUCAAGUCAUCGCGCUUCAAAGACAAACGUUACAAGACAAGCGAAUGGCGACAGUGAUGGCAUACGACGAUUACAUGGAAAAGCACAUAGCACACACCAUAAUAUUGAGAGCGUGGAGUAUACCAUGCAUGAAGACAAUCGCAUUGCUCAUUCACAACGAGAACAUUACAUAAAGCCCUCUUAUUCAAUGCCGCUACGAUCAUCAUCAUCCUCUUACAAUCGACCUCUUUCACUUCCCCCCACUGUCUUGGACGAUCAGGAACACGAGAAUCUCAUGCGUGAUGUGGAGCAAGCAAAACAAGAACUACAUCGAUUUCGUAGUGAAAUGGAGGGCUUGGCAAAGCAGAUUGAUGGCAUGGCUCUUGAUUUGAAAGAUUCCAAGGAUCGAGUUUCCAAUUAUACCCAAAAACUUGUUGAGAUCGAGCAUGACUUGACUACUACGCAGGAGGUGAAUGUGGAUCUACAGGUGUUGUUGGAGAAUGCAGUACGGACACAAAAAGAAUCGGAUGGCAAGACGACACACGUCAUUAGGCAUAUGCACUCUAAUUUAGCCAAUAUCGUCUAUGAGAACAGCCAGCUUCAAGAAAGACUCGAAUCGAUUGAACAGCAUCAACAAAAGCAUCAUGGCACAGCAAGUAAUGUGGGAGAAAAGAUGCGGGAAUAUGCAAACAUGCUUGAACAAGCACAAGAUACAUUGCAUGUCCUCAAAACCCAUCGACCUUCAUCACGACCUGUUGUACGAUCACGCGAUGAUAUUAUUCGAGCACUUUCAAUUCAAGAUGGAUAUGGAUCACGAAGAGCAAGUGAAGUAUCAUCAGUGUACAUGACCGAGGAUGAAGAAGUGUUGUCCAUUGCUUCUCGCAAACAAUCCGAAUCCACAGCUAUUACUGCACCCUCGCCUACUCCAUCCGAACAACUAGCAAGGUCUCGCAGUAUAUCACCUGAUAUCUUGGAGCUUUAUCGUCAUCGAAUUAUUCGCAAACGCCCCUCUCUCCCUGAUGGCUUAUCCUCACCACCACCACAAUCCACCUCAAUCCAUUUUCCUACUUCUACCUCUUCUCAACAACAACCUUCUUCGUCUCCAAAUCAUCCUCCUCACCAACCACCUGCACCCUCUGAACAUCGAACAAGAUCACCUCAACAAGGCUUGCAUAUGCUCUUUAAGAAUCAAGGUGGCCAUGGUCUUGGUUUGUCUUCAUUGACAAAAGAUUUGAAUGUAGAUAGAUCACGAUCUUUUAUUAAAAAAUGA